AUGUCAUACCUUGCGUAUCUAUUACCUCCCAAUAAAGAGCAGCCUGUGAUUUACGACGUAGCCACCAAGUUUGUUCAUGUUUCUACAAAUAAGGCUAAGCACGCUAUUCAUACAAUCAAAUGGACACCCGAUGCUCGAAGGGUGUUGGUUUCUUCUUAUAGUGGCGAAUUCACUCUAUGGAACGGUCUAACAUUCAAUUUUGAGUCAAUUAUGCAAGCCCACGACUCUCCCAUAUUUGCAUUAGAGUACAGCCACGACGGAGAUUGGCUAAUCAGCGGAGAUCAAGAAGGAACCAUCAAGUAUUGGCAGCCAAAUUUCAACAACGUGAAUAUUCUACCUAAAUCACACGAUAAUGCCAUCCAGGACUUAGCCUUCUCUCCCAACGACUCAAAGUUCAUUAGUUGUUCGGAUGAUCAAUUCCUAAAGAUUUGGGACUUCAACAGUGCCCACGAAGAAAGAGUGUUAAAGGGCCAUCACUGGGAUGUGAAGUGCUGUGACUGGCAUUCCAGUCUAGGACUUGUGAUGAGCGGCUCUAAGGAUAACUUGGUGAAGUUCUGGGAUCCAAGAGAUGCCACUUGCAUUACUACAUUGCAUGACUUUAAACAUACUGUGACAAAGGCCAAAUUUCAGAAAAUUGGUAAUGAGAGGUUAAUGGCUGCAUGCUCUCGUGACCAUUCGACUCGUGUAUUCGAUUUACGUACGAUGAAACCGCUAGUUUCAAUCCGCUCUUUCAACGAUACCGACUUGUCAGCAAUUACAUGGCAUCCUAUUCAUUCCAGCAUCCUCACCAUUGGUGGAUAUGAUGGCUCAAUGUCAACUUACGAUCUUAAGAGGGCUAUCGAACCUGAAAUAGUGGUUGGUUCUGCCCCUAAAACGACGACCUCGAACGGCAAAGGCCCUACCAAUUUCUUGCCCGGCAACCUCAAAGAUUCACAUGUUCAAAAUCUUACAGAUUGCUUACAUAGAAUUCCUUAUGCUCACGAUAAGGCAAUAUUCACGAUGGAGUACCAUCCUUUGGGUCAUAUUCUCUGCACUGCUGGUGCAGACAAGUCAUUGCGCUUUUGGUCAAGAGCUAGACCUAAUGAUAUCCAUGGCUUCAAAGAUACAGCCUACACAGGAGAGACAUGGAUGGAAAAACAGCAUAUCGGACCAAGAGGGGACUUCCGUUAUGGUUCAGGAAUGGGAGAAGACGAAGCACCCUCAUAUACUCCAAGGGCCCAGCCACCGCAAGCAGCUUUGCCUGGAUUCAGUAUACCAGGAUUAUCACUGUGA